CUGGAGACGAGAGGGGAGCAUCCACCGCGGCAGCGCGCGUCACGUGACCACCCUGUCUGCUGCUGCUGGCCGACCGAAGCGUGUUAGCAGAUUUUUCUAUUUUGUACAUACAGAGUUUUGUAUAUACUGUAUAUGAUGAGCUCGCUGGGCAGCGACAAGGCCCGGGGCCCUCGGGAGAAAGCGCUGCCAGCUGUCACUCAAACAUCACAACCACAAAAACAGAUACAGGCUACUGCUGAACAGAUCCGACUUGCCCAGGUGAUCUAUGACAAGAAUGACUCUGACUUUGAGGAUAAAGUUAACCAGCUGAUGGAAGUGACGGGGAAGAAUCAGGAUGAGUGCAUGGUGGCGCUGCACGACUGCAACGAGGAUGUUAGCAGAGCCAUCAAUUUUCUUCUGGAGAGCACCUCGGACAUGACCUCUUGGGAAACGGUUGGGAAGAAGAAACCGCUGAUAAAGGAAGGCCCGUCGGAAGGAAAAGAGAACAAGGAGAACAGGGAGAAGAAAGGAGAGAGGGAGGCGAGCAAAGGUCGUCCCACCGCGAACCGCAAAGGCAAGGGGGCCAGCCGGAGCCGGCAGGCCCGUCCUGAGGAAAACGGCGUGGAGGUGACACCGGUGGACAAAAGUUCGGAUCGGGGCCGGAGGGUAAAAGGUGGCAGAGGAUCUGGAGUUCGAGGUCGGGGCAGAGCGCCAGCAGGGAGCAGGUUCUCGGCCCAGGGCAUGGGGACUUUCAAUCCUGCCGACUAUACCUCAGAGACUGGAACGGGGACCACACAGGCAGAGGUUUGGGAGACAGUGACCAACAACAGCACAGAUGGGACAGUUGCCUGGAGGAAUACUUUGGAAGACUGGGCCCCUGAGGACUGGAGUGAAGAUGUUAGUCUCUCAGAGACCAAAGUGUUCACUUCCUCAUGUGCACCUGCUGCUGAGAAUCACGUCACACCUGGGCAAAGUCUGGACCUCGCGUCUCUGCUGCAGAAACCUGUGGUUGGUGGCAGAGAACCGCCUUCCUCCUCUGCCCCUCAGAGUCUGGUCUUCACCAACUCCCACCAUCACCAGCAGCCGCCCCUCAGCCGCAAUGCCACCAGUAGCACGAGCUACGCGCAUGCUGCUCUGUCAUCAGUCCUGGGCGCUGGUUUUGGGGAUUUGGGCCAAGCCAAAAGGACUCCGCCCAGCGCUGGAGCUCAGAUACUGGAACAGCUGAAGGGUCCUGGUUUGGGUCCGCUGCCGUCAUCCCAGGCUGCUCCUCCCGUCAGCACCCAAGGAAGCAACGCCCCCAUUGGCAGACUGCCCGGCCUGGGAGCACCUGUACCUCCGCCCUCCUCCUCCAGCUGGGAUAUGAAGGCCUCAGAAUCAAACACCACCCCACUGUCCUCGCAAUUCAAUCGUGAGUUUGGCCUGCAGCCAGAGCCUUCGCUCGUGCUGAGCCAGCUGGUUCAGAGGCACGCCGGCCCCUCCUUGCCACUCGCCCGCCAGCCGAGUCCUCCGUCGCAGCAGCAAGCGCCCCCUGCGUCGGCCUCGCCCGCUCCCCCCCAUGCCAGCUCACCAGCACAGACGGGCCCGGCGAUGGCCGCCGCUGGUGCAAAACCUCCUGCCCCCAGUGCAGGGCUGGACCCUCCAGGCAGCAAUACGCCACAGCAACAACGGGCACAGCUCAAAGGCCAGAAACGAAGGAUACCUCCGUCAUCCAAGAUCCCCUCCACUGCAGUCGAGAUGCCAGGCUCGGCCGACGUCCCCGGGCUAAACCUCCAGUUUGGAGCUUUAGACUUUGGCUCGGAGUCGGCGUUGCCGGAGUUUGGAGUUGUGGACACUUGUGUGAGUGCAGCAUCCAGGGAGUCGACGCCAGCACCCGCCCCGGCACCACCUGCCCCAGGAACAGGAGCUCAGAGCCAAACCAGCCUGUACUCCAAACAGCUCAGUGAGUCAUUGGGCAGCCCUCUCUCCGUCGCCCUGCCUUCACCACUCUCCUCAUCAGAGCCAGUGUAUCACUCGUCCACGGGGGCUUUGUCCAGUCUCACUCCCUCAUCCUUAGGGACAGCCAGCUCCACCAAUCCCCCCCUCUCUUCGACAACGACCUCAACCACUUCCUCCUCUGUACCCUCCUCCUCUCCCUUCUCCACGGUGGGCGGAGGUUACGACGGGACCAUGCCGCCUCAUGCACGACUGGGCUUUUCCCAGAACAAAGAUUCUACGGGGCCAGUGAUGAAUGGUCUGAACGGUGUCAGGACCUCUGCAGCUCUAGACACCUCCUCAGCCUCCUCCACACCAAAGCCAGAGUCGCCGUCGAUGUCCAUAAGCUCCAACGGCGCUUCGGCCCCCUCCUCCCACCUCUCGUCCUCCCUGCCCACACACAGCUCCACCACGCUCUCCAGCCUGGCGCAGGACCUGCCCUCAGCGAGUCCACUCAACUCACUCAACAGCCACGUCAGCAGUCAUUCUUCAGUUUCAGCGCUGGGCUCCAGCUCUCUCACUUACACCAGUGGUGACAGCAGCAACGUGAGCUCUUUGGCUCCCUCGUCUGGCUCCUACACGUCGUCUCAGCCCACGGCCUCACAACUCCACUCAACCCACAAUAGCAGCAACAGUAGCAGCGGCAUCGGCCACCUGGCCAACAUGCCCAGCAUGGGCAGCAACAUGAGCAGCACAGUGGGCGGCAUCGCUGGCUCCGCCGGACUUCACUCCGCCGUCACCGCCGCCACCAGCACAGCGCUGGGACUUGGCUCCAAUGGAGCCACUGCCACGUCCAACCUCUCUGCACCAAGGACCACCCCCCUGCUCUCCUCCUCCACCGGUAAAGCUCCUCCCAACCUGUCCCAGGGAGUGCCCCCCUUACUGCCCAAUCAAUAUAUCAUGGGUCCAGGGGGACUUCUGCCCGCAUACCCUCAGAUCUACGGCUAUGAAGACCUCCACAUGCUCCAGUCCAGACUGCCAAUGCCCUCUUUGCAGGAUUACUAUGGAAUCACAUUCCCCGGCCCCACAGCGACUCUCUCCGGCAGAGACGGGAGCCUGGCCAACAACCCUUACUCAGGUGAAGUCACAAAGUUCGGCAGGAAUGACUCCACCUCCCCGGCUCCCCCGACGAGCCUGGCGGCCCCGCAGCCGCCCCAGGCCCAGAGCCAGGGUCAGAACCAGGCCCAGCCUCAGCCUCCUCAGGCCCAGCCUCAGCCCCAGGGCCAGCCGCAGCACCACAGCAGUCAGCAGGCCUUUCUGCCUCCCGGCUACAGCUACACGGGCCUGCCUUACUACCCCGGAGUGCCCGGCGCCGUACCGAGCGCUGCCGCCUUCCAGUACGGCCCCACGAUGUUCGUUCCCCCCGGGGGUCCGGGACCGGCUUCGGCCAAGCAGCAUAGCAUGAGCCUGGGCCUGGGAAACCCCUCGGCGAGCCCCUUCCAGCAGCAGACGCAGCAGCAGCCCAGCGGUUACGGCCAGCACACCUUCAGCUCAGGGUACGAGGAGCUGACAGCAGGGCCAGCUGGGGUGGAAUACAGUAAAGGGUACAACUCCUCAUCACAGGCACAAGCCAAAUCUGCUGCUACUGGGCCUGGGAAGGGUGUCUCCGUGACGUCCAGUAACUCCGGUGUGCCAGACAUCAGUGGAAGUGUUUACAAUAAGACCCAGUCUUUUGAUAAGCAGGGUUUCCAUGCGGGGACCCCUCCUCCCUUCAGCCUGCCAUCAGCGCUGGGAGGUCCAGGGCCUCUGAAUCCUGGAGCAGCUCCUGGAGGCUAUGCACCUGCUCCAUUUCUCCACAUCCUGCCUCACCAGCAACCACAUUCACAGCUGCUGCACCACCAUCUAGCUCAGGAUGGACAGGGUGGUCCGAGCCAGCGCGGCCAGUCCAGCAGCCUGCAGCAGAAGAGCCAAGUCAACAAGUCGAGCUACGGCAGCUCACCUUACUGGGCCAACUGAGACGGCCGCGUCGUCCAUGUUUGCGUGUGUGUGUGCCUGUACGUGCGCGUGUUGUGCAUGGAUGGAUACCAACACACAGCACCACACCCAGCGGAUUUGUCAGACGAGAUCACAGAGGGACAAAAACCAUUUUUCAACACAAGCUAAAACACACACUACCACCCCCUUCCUCUUUGCUCUGUAUAUCCCCCCUUUUCAAAUUUAUGGCUGUUGUAUGUAAAAUAUAUUUAUGUAUGUAUUUAUACAGUAUAUAUGUAUUGGUAGGACAUAAAAUGUGGUUUUCUGCAUUUUGUUUUUAUUUUGAAGGACAUUUUAUUUCAAAAAAAAAAGUGGAAAGAUGAGAACGCUAAAUCAUGGAGAUGAAGGUGGUGAAUAUACUUGAACACAAGCAUCUUGUGAUGUGGAUUUUUUUUGUAUGCAUACAUGAACUGAGAAUGGUGUACAUAGAUGAUACACAUCAUUUUCAUGGCAAAGGCCUUUUUUUAUUUUAGAAGAAAUAAGUUUUUGUAACUUCAGUCUCCCACAUCUGUGAAUCCUUAUAUUGAGGGUGACUUGAGUUGAUAGCUUGACUUUUCAUUUCCCCCCUGUUUUUUUUCCCCAUCCAUCUGUCUCUCUCAUUCCUCAACUCUUACUAGUUGGUUGGUCUAACCAGCCAGGCCUUGGAUUUGAUGUCAUUUUAACAUUGGUUUAAUCCUUGUUGUCCAAAUUAAAAGUUAUGAACUGUUUG